CUAGUCUUCCAUUUCUUGCCUCCCGAUUAGCCGUUCCCGGAAAUAGACUCCUCGGACCUCGAUAGAACCCUAAAAAAUUGCUCUUCCAAACCAUGACCAGCAACAACUCUCUUGGCAAUCAAGAAACCAGACACGGUUCGUUUGACAAGCAAAAGAAAAGAAAAACAUCGAUAGCUCUCUUCUAUAAAUAAAUAUCCUCCAACUUGCGAAUCACCAUCACACGAAUUCCACUCUCGACUCUCCUCCUACCACGCCCACGUCUCUCGAUAUGUCCGCACCAUACCUUCUUAUCAUCUUCCUCUUCCUUCUCGUUGGCCCGGCGGCCCUAACCCUCGCCCGAGAGCCCCACUCUAUCAGCUUCCGAUCUCCUGAUCUCUACCCAGAGGGCCUCGCGUGGGACCCAUCGGCCCAGCACUUCCUCGUGGGAUCCCUUCGUGACCGCACAGUUGCCGCCGUGUCAGACGCCGGAGUCGUCGAUACCCUAAUCUCCGAUCCCUCCCUCCCCGUAAACGUCACUGUUCUUGGUCUCGCCGUCGACUCCAUCAACCACCGUCUCCUCGCCGUCAUUCACGCCACGGAUCCACUGCCUCACUUCAACGCCCUCGCGGCCUACGACCUCCGCUCCCGCAAACGCCUCUUCCUAUCUCUCCUACCCUCCGAUGAAGCCACUGCCGGAACGCGUCAGACAGCAAACGACGUCGCCGUGGAUUUCAGGGGCAACGCCUAUGUCACCAACUCGAUCGGGAACUACAUCUGGAAAGUCAACGUCGCCGGAGAGGCGUCGAUAUUCUCCCGAUCACGAGCCUUCACGGCCCACCCAGUGGACCAUGACUCACCGUUCAGCUACUGCGGGCUGAACGGGAUCGCUUACGUCAGCAAGGGUUAUCUCUUGGUAGUGCAAUCCAAUACGGGAAAGAUGUUCAAGGUCGACGAGGACAACGGCACGGCAAGGCAGGUGUUGUUGAGCGAGGACUUGACUCUGGCAGACGGGAUCGCGAUUCGAGGAGACGGCGUCGUUUUGGUGGUGUCCCAAAAUAAGCUACGGUUUCUGAAGAGCUCAGACAGUUGGGGCGAGGGAGUGAUAUUUGACAAAGUUGACCUUGACGUGGAGCGGUUUCCAACUUCGGUGGCUGUAGGAGCGGAGGACAGGGUAUAUGUGUUAUAUGGGCAUGUGUUGGAGGCUGUAAUGGGAAAUUCGGGAAGGGAGGUGUUUGGCAUAGAAGAGGUGAGGUCAAAGAAGGAGAGUGGGGAAGAGAAUGUUUGGGUGUUUGUAUUGGUUGGGUUGGGCUUGGCUUAUUUCUUGUUCUGGAGAUUUCAGAUGGGCCAGCUUGUUAAGAACUUAGACAAAAAGACCAAUUAAUAUUUUGGCAUUUUCUUUG